GAACAUACUGUUGUUCCACAUGUGAGAAGCAUAGUGUUGAUAAUUUACCAUGAUAAAUCAGGCAUUCUGACUCAUACGUGUAUGAUUAUUCUGUAGACUUUAUUUCUUUUCGAAACAGUAUGAUAAAUCUGUAGCCCUUAAACCUUAUUUCUCUCUGGAACAACAUGAUAAAUCUUCUAAUCAGAAGUCUGUUUCAGUUUUAGCCAUAAUUUUCCCAUUAACUGAAGGAGCGUAAGAGAGUACUUGUAACAAACAAGUGUUGGUUUAGGCACUUGUUUUAUAACCGAUAUUUUAAUUUAAUGACCUGAAAUUAAUUUACUAUAGCCAUAAAAAAAAUAUCUCAAGGCGAUAAUACUAUACUUUUAAAACUUUAAAAUUCUCGUUUCCAGGCGCAUCAACUUUGUCCUGAGGUUUUUUACUUCUAUCUUUUCAAUAACUGAUGUUAAAAUGACAAAUUUACAAUGAACUGGAUGAUCCUACCGGAAAAGAAUAGAACUACGAGUUGAGAUUGUCUCAGUAUCAUUUUCUCUGGAUGGAAGAUACGAUAACAUAUUCUUUACAAAAGAAUUGUAUUAAAGUCACCAUACCGUUGGCCCGUUGAGGAUUCCUCCAAAUAAAGACAUUACCAAAAUGAAGAAACCCCGAACACACGCAAAGAAAGCAUUGAUGUUGCUGCUGGGACUGCUGGUGGCUGUUAGGGCCAGAAGGGGAGGUAAUCGAGGUUACUUAACUGCUUACGCUUGCGAGGGUACACAACUCAACAUCUCUUGUGAAACAGGAAGGCAAAUUCACCUGAUUCGAGCUAAUUAUGGACGCUUUAGUAUCACCAUCUGUAACGAACAGGGUUCUCUAGACUGGAGUGUAAACUGUGCUUCUCUUCCGUCUUCGUACCAAGCUAUUAAGGAAAGUUGUGGGAUGAAACAAGCUUGCGUUGUCCCAGCAUCCAGCACUAUCUUUGGUGAUCCUUGUCCAAGAACAAGGAAGUAUUUAGAAGCCCACUACAAAUGUAUAGCAGAAUCAACAACUGUCUCGACAACAACUACUUCAACUACUACUUCAACUACAAUAGCAAAUCGACCACCAAUAAUCAUACCAGUAACUCACAGUUUUCGGCCUGUUAUUCCUUUGUUUCAUUCAUCUACAACGUCGUCAACGGAAAACACACCAUCUUUUAAAUCUAUAUCUACGACAGCGUCCACAGGGAUGGGAGCAUCACCUCCAUCAGUAUCAGGUUCAGAAUCCUCUUCAAAAUCACCUUUGGAUAUUUAUCCAGAUAACGAUCGUGAAGGCAUGUACAACCCUUCAAGAUCAGUGGAAACAACAGAUCCAAGUCUGAACUCUUGUCCACCAACCGUGUCCAGAAACAUAUCGUGGAGUUGGACGAGGGGAGGGCAGGAUGCCAUUGAACCUUGUCCCAGGGGGUCUAUUGGUCGAGCCAAAUGGUUUUGUGUGGACGCAGUUAGCACAGUAUACUGGAGCGGUACCUCACCUGAUCUAAGUGAGUGUCAGUCACCCUGGGCAGAGAGUCUAGAAGGGAGAAUUGACGGAGGAGAAUCUGUCGUCAGUAUUGGAACUGAACUUGCGGUUAUUAUCCGCACCAAACCUCUCUACGGAGGCGAUAUCACACAGACUCUAACCAUCCUUCACCGGCUUGUGUCCAGAAUGGAGGACAGAGUUCAAGACAUCGUAGAUGAUAAACAAAAAUACAGAGUGAUCCUAGAGAUGCUACACUCUGUACAAUCAGUAGCCAGUAGCCUCCUGGAGGAUUUCCAGCACCAAGCCUGGCGAGAUAUGUCAAUCCUUCAACAACGUUUCGCAGCCUCCGCUUUGAUCCAAAGACUGGAACAGAACACGUGGUUACUUGCCAAUACACAUUCCUUCGGAAAGCGAUGGAGUCACGCAGAGAAAAAUAUCUUGGUUUCAAUUCGAUUGGUGGAGACUUGGUCAAUAACGACCGUAAAGUUCCCACAAAAAGAAGAUGUGGAAGAAACAAGUUGGGCUCUGAUCCAAGACAUCAUAGUACUCUCAGCCCCAGCAUUAGUCGGAAGUGGAAGAAACGGAUUCGUAAAGAUUAUUUUCGUGGCCUACAAGAAUGUUCAAGAUUUUCUUACUCUCGGGGAAAUCCACCCUGUUUCCACCAACACCGAUGACUCCCAGAAUUCCAUGGCAGUCAAUACGACACAAAUAAUCAAUUCACAUGUCUUAAGUGCAUCUAUUGACCGGUACCGAAUGGUACAACUUCAUCAGCCUGUGACUGUUAUACUGAAGCAUUUACAAGAAGAAAAUGUUACUAAUCCACAGUGUGUUUACUGGGAAUUUAAUACAAGGCGCUGGUCUUCUGAUGGUUGCUGGAUAACACAGACAAACAAGUCUCACACUGGGUGCUCCUGUAAUCAUCUAACAAAUUUUGCUUUAGUUAUGGAUGUUUCUCCAGCAGAGGUGAACGUGGAUGAUAUACCGUAUAUUCAGAUCGUGACGAUUAUAGGCUGUGGAGUAGCUAUAUUUUUCCUGUUGGUUACUUUUGUGACCUUACACUUAGUUAGAGGUCUAAAAGAUGAUCGCCACGUAAUCCACAAGAACAUGUGCUUCUGUUUAAUAGUCUCGGAAGUGACCUUUGUGGGAGGAAUUGACUACGUAAUGAGUAGAAUCAUCUGUGGUGUGGUGGCAGGAUUAUUACACUAUUUCUUUUUGGCUUCCUUCAUCUGGAUGUUUCUGGAAACCUUUCAACUGCUCCUAAUGGCCUUAGAGAGGAAGGAUUGUAGUGAUUCCGCUAGACGUCGCUGGAGAUGGUACUGUUUUUCAGGCUACAGUGUACCGAUUAUAGCCGUGAGUGUUUGUGCUAUAGUUGAUCCUGAAAGCUACGGAACUAAGUCUUACUGCUGGCUGGAAAUAGACAACUAUUUUAUAUUUGGAUUUGUGGGACCUGCUCUUGCCUGCAUUUUGAUGUCUAUUAUAUUUCUGUGUAUUGUAAGCGCAAAAAUCUUUCGAAAAAUCGAGAGUUCCAUCUCCUGUAAGAGCAAAGAACAAUCGAAGUUAACCAACUUAAGGUCUUGUUGUCAGCAAUGUGUCUGUAUGCUUAUCCUGCUAAUCCUGACAUGGGGAUCAGCACAGUGGUUUCUUCUGUGGAAGACAUCAUUGACAGUAUACCUCUUCACAGCUCUCAACAGUCUUCAAGGUCUUUUAAUGUUCGUUUUAUUAUGCCUCAGAAAUCCCAAGGUGAGAAAAGGGCUGAAGAAAGCACACUGUUGUUCCCAAUGGUUAACUGAGUGUUGCCGAAAGCCACAAAACAGCCAGUCGAACCUCUACAUACACACCAACGGACUGAUGAUACUACCUCAACCUAGCGCCAUCAGUGGCCAUCACAUUCUGGCCCAAGGGUCAUGGAGGACAAUAAAAAGUGGACAGCGGGGAAAACAGACAGAUAUUUUGGAUGCUACUACACCCGUCCUCCCGCUUAUCCCCAUGGUAGGAUUUCGAUCUCAUGAUCACGUGGUUGGAAGUAAAAGAUUAGGAAUCAAGUUUGAUUUAGGUUCCGAGUUUGACGGCGAGAAUAGUAACUCGUCUUCAACGUUAUCCUCGGGCCGAAAACACACAGACCGUGAUCUGGGGUCGAGGAGAUACCGAAACGAUGCGACAGCUAGCGGAUUUUGCUCCUACACACCAGGUGUUUACUUCCCUAGGCAGAAUCAUGAAUUCGAAGCAAUCCAUGGUGAGCCGACGAUCAGUAGUUUCAGAGUGAGACCGAGAACAACAUCUCAAUAUAAACACACUUUUGAUUGGCAGGAAUACGACACUAUUGGCAGAAGCACUUGCAAAAGUGAGAUACUGAAACAGUUCGAUAUAGCUUCACCGAAUUCUGCAAAAUCUACACUACCAACCUCUCUGACGUCAUCUACUCGACCACGCCAUAUGCCUUUAUUUCGAGAUGGUUAUUUGCGCCCUCACGUGGUCUACAGCGGGAUAAAUAGUCCAACAGAUUCGGAACGAUCGUUUAAUAGCUUGGUAAAUGAUCAGGGUUUAAUCUCUUUAUCUUCUUCAUCUUCAAGUGAAAACAACAGCAACGCAAGCUCUCCAUCUCAUGAAGCAGGCACAGAAAGCCAUCUAUUACAAAGCUUACCGAAUUUACAAAUUUCUGAAGAAUAUGGAUUUUCAGCCUUUUCAAACGUUCUCAAAUUUCCAAGUGAUAACACAGCGCUUAACGCGAAUGUCAAAGGUGAAAGAACUCAACCAGCAAAAGUGUAGAAGUACCCUAUUAAUUUUAAGAAAAAAUCGAAAAGUAUGAACGAAUUAUAAUAUACACAAAUAUCAAAAAUAACACAAACUGUUCUGAUUAGCUAGUAAAGUUAAGUGGAGUUUAAUUCAGGUGUAUAUGUUUGGGGGCAUUCUAUUAUACGCUAAAAGUAGACGUUUCUUUAAGCCCUGAAACUUGUUACUAGAUUUUAUACAUUGUUUUACAUUAUUGUUUACAAUGAUGUGUAUCCGCAGAGAAUAGUCAAUAUGCUACGUUCGUAUCAAACACCUACAGGAUUUUGGAAAUUUUUGUCUUUCUCUUCAAACUUGUGAACGAUAUUUUCCAAAUGAACAUAUAUAUAUAUAUAUAAAUGAAGACAGAUACGAAGACAGUCGCUUAAUUUAAUUUUAAAUUUUACCUAUAAUUGUAAGGACAUUUAUUUGCGUAUGUGCUGUUGAAACGAAGACAACAUACGUGAAUCCUCGUACAGGAUGUUUUUAUUGUUCAUGUCUUUUUAGUGCAGAAUAAGUGUGCCGAUUAAAUCGAAAUUAGAAGAAGAUAUGGACAACUGAGUCAUAAGCAAGAUAUUGCAAUGUGACCAAGAACGUGAAGAAGACGAUAAAACUAACAUUCUAUUCGGACGUUUCGGAUUACACGUAAUCCGUCUUCAGUGAUUUACUCUGGAAUCAAUUAAGUUAUUACACUUUGUAUAAUGAGCAAAAAACUAAAGAAGUGUGUGUGUGUGUGUGUUUUGGUGACGAAAUUUGUUGAAGACUGAUGUUCUUCUAAAUAUAACUUUAGCCUAUCAAUCUACUUCGUAUUCUUGUGUGUGCGCGCGCGCGUAAGAUUUGUCCGUGUAGAACUUGUUUAACUUUCAAGUCAUAGGACACUAUAUUAAGCAUUAUGCCUACUUCCAUAUAACUGACAAUAUCACAUGUGUAUUCACCAAUAUUUGGUAUCGAACUUUGAUGUCUAAAAGACAAUGUUUUUUAACAUUUGAUGUGUAUCCGAUCACCCCAUCCCCCAUUAACAUAAACUAGAAAUUAUAAUAUCGUAUCAAGAAAAUACAAAUUUUCAGCAUAUUUAUUACAAAUUUGUUUUAGAAUAUUUUAAAUAAGAUAAAAACCAUUUUUGUAUCCCAAGGUCAACAUGAUUUAUGUAUCUCAAGGUCAAAAUGAUUUAUGUGUUCUUCUUUCUCUUUCUUUGUUGAUUGUUCUGAUUCAUAAAUCUGUGACGCGUACAUAAAUAACCUAAUGAUUUGGUUACUGGAAGCUUCUGUGUAUCAUAUACUGAGAAAAUGAUGCUACAGAGUGGUGUUUGUAAUGCCAAAUGAUCCAUUAGUUAUUGUGAGUUAUUUAUAUCUGUGUUUGUGAAAUUCGUAUUUAUUUACGAAAUGCUGUCAUUACUAAACCUGUAAAAAAUUACGAACUUAUCUGGAACUGUAUGUGUUAAGAAUAUAAAGUGAUAUCUUAAGAACAAAGUACAUGGGAUAAAUACUAAAUAUAUAAUGUGUCAAAAAAUAAAGUGUCUAGCUACCCCAUACUAAUUGUUCGAGAUACAUUAUAUCAAAACAGAAGGAUAUCUACGUACUAUUAUUGUUAUAUAUUGUACUAAUAUAACUGGUCCAGGAACUAGAGUGAUUGCCUGUGUUGUUAUAUGUUUAUGUCUCCGUGUAUAUGGUGAAAUAUUUUACGAAUAAUUGGUAUAAAUUUGACGAAGUUAAACAUAAUUAUCGAGUUGUAUUACUUUACUACAACUUAAAAUAUCACCAGUAAUAGUAUCCUUUUGUAAUAAAGGAAAUAGGUGGAAACAGGUGGAUUUGCAGCUGUGAGCAGUAAUAUACAGUAUACUUCGAAGGUGUAUGAGGUUAUUUUUGUAUAUAAUAUACGAAAACGUUUACAGUGAAUGGAUGAAACUAAUUCAAUGUGACCAAUUCAUUGGUCAUUUUUCUGGAAGAAAACUUAUGUCUUUUAUUUGCUGUAAAUGAAUGUAUUCCAAAUCUAUACUACUUAAAACACUGAAAGUAGAACUAACAAACCUAAUCAUGAAAACCUAACAUCCGCAACAAGGUGAGACAUUGUCGAUAUUUCAUGUAAGAUGUUUAAUGAUGUUGAUUUUUAGUCAUGAAAUGAUGAGAAUGUGUUUCUUGUUAGUUAAAAUAUGCUAUUUAUUAUUAUUUAGUUCAUUCGAAAUAUCGUCACAGCUUACCUGACGUUAAGUUAAAAUUUGAAAAGAUAUUUGAAUAGUUCUAAUACAAUUAGACAUUUUGAUGCGUUGUGAUAUAAAAUAUCAAUUUUUGAUUUGUAAAAAGUCGAUCCUUUUAGUGAAUACUAAAUAGCAGCGUAAAUGAUUGUGAGUUUUUCUUCAUUAUAAAACUUGUUUGUAUUAAGUUCAAUUUAGUAGGGGUUUACAAAACACUAAUGUUUUGUCUGCUUAUAAGUAUCGUGAUUAUAACAAAAUUCGCCGUACAGGUGCCUUACGAAUAAUUUGAAAUAUAUACAGCUAUGAUUAGUAACUCAUCUGGAACUUGAAAUACACAGGUCGGUGUGUAUAUACAUACGUAUAACCGUCGUAAUUGAAUUUAGAGUGGUAUUUUUUGACAGAAAAUAAAUAUAUACAUCAUUAUUUAAAUUGUUUCCUAAGGUAAACAGAAUGAGCUGUGAGAGCGUUGACUUAGAUCAUUUUGUUUGUACUGUAAUUCUUACUUUGCUAUAUUUGUGCAUUAAAGAAAAUUCCUUUAUCGAAUGAUGAUAAUCGCAUAAAAUCCAUUUUCUCUUGAGAGACACGUAGAAAUUGGUUUUGUUUUUGUAAUAAAUAAUGAUGAUAAUUAAUUGGAUGACAACGUCACAAACAUUUAGCUCGAACUACUGUGGAAUGCUUAAUAGUUAGUUUAUCAUCAUUUUAAAAGUGCCAGGUGGCUGGAAUCAUCUAAUAACAGCGAGUUUUUGAACAUAUGUCGUUGUUUUUUUCAAAUCAUAAUGGAACACCAAAUAGAAGUAACAUAUCUUUGUUUUAUGACUUUAAGUAGAUUCAGAAGUAGAGAUCCAGCGAUCUGCUGCAAGGUAAUUGAAUUCUAACAAAACAUUUUAGUGCAGUCUAUAGUGGUGAAUUACUUUAAACAUUAUCAACCUGUAAUGCCUAAGUAACAACAGUUAGCUUUAUUUGAAUAUGUUAAGCAAUGAUUAAUGUUUAAUAAAUUUGCUUCCUCCUACUUAUAUAGAUAUUUAUUUGACUUAAUUUCUUUCAAUUAUUGU